UGAGUAUGAAUCAGAGAUCCUGAUUCUCAAGGAGGAAUUAGCAGCUAAAGAAUCAGCACUUGCGGAUCUCCAGGCAGUCAACCAGGUCCUGCGAGAUGAAUACCAGACGCUUAACUUAGCCUUCACUGCCUUGGAAGACAAGUAUAGAAAAGCACAGGAUGAAAACAGAGAGUUAAUUGAUCGCUGGAUGGCUCAGAAGGCAAAAGACGCAGAGAAGUUGAACAUGGAGAAUGACACAGCACUGAAGAAACGCCAGAUGAUGCUCGAGGAGCAGCUAAAAGAAGCAGCAAGAGAACCAAAGCAAGUUAGCUUAGAAAGCAAGUUUGCGUGUAGCCCACCUAUAUGUCUUACAGCCGUCCUACCUGCAAAGGCUUACCUUAGAUUUGAUGCUCACGAUGGGGAAGUUAAUUCCGUCUGCUUUAGUCCUCAGGGAAAAAUUGUAGCUACUGGAGGCGCUGAUAGAAAGCUCAAACUCUGGGACAUUAGUCGUGCCACAGUUGAAGCGAGAGGAGUCCUUACCGGCAGCAAUGCAGGUGUGACAGCCAUAGACUUUGAUGCCGAAGAAUCGCUUAUAUUAGGUGCCUCCAAUGACUUUGCGAGCCGAGUCUGGACUGUCAUGGAUCACAGAUUAAGACACACCCUAACAGGGCAUUCAGGCAAAGUCAUGGCAGCCAAAUUUUUGUCUGAGUCGUCCAAGGUUGUGACAGGAUCCCAUGACCGCACCCUCAAGAUAUGGGACCUCAGAAGCAGGGCAUGUAUUAGAACAAUCUUCGCUGGGUCGAGCUGCAACGACCUUGUCCCCUCAGACAGCGCAGCAACGACUAUUAUUUCGGGUCACUUUGACAAGAAAAUCCGUUUCUGGGACACUCGGACGGAACAAUCAGCCAAUGAGGUGCCUCUGCAGGGGAAGAUAACAUCACUUUGUCUAUCCAGAGAUGGAUUUUACCUCCUAAGUUGUGUUCGUGACGAUUCCUUGAAAAUUCUAGACUUGCGGAAAAAUCAAGUAGUCAACACAUUCACUUGUGAAGGCUUCCAUGUCGGUGCAGACUACUCACGCGCCGUGUUCUCCCCCGAUGCGACAUACGUGGCAGCGGGAAGUGGCGACGGCUCUGUCUACAUUUGGAAUGUCAGUACAGGCAAGCUUGAGAAGACACUCAGGGAACAUGUAGCAUGUGUUGUGGCAUGCAGCUGGCACCCGAAUGGCAAGUCACUUGUGUCGUGUGACCGGGCCAAGAAAGUGGUGGCAUGGUCGGACUUUUAGGAGGAAAGUGACGGAAGGCGGAAAUUCGUGGUACAGGGUAUUGUAAAAUGGAAGGAGGUGGAUGUGAAACUCGAAGAAAAGGUGGCCGGAAGUGUCAGAAAGGGGAAAAAGGGGUCAAGGAGGUGUCCGGUGGUGUCGGGAGGUGUCGGAAGGCAGCAGAUGACGUCAGAAAGUGUCAGGAAGUGGUUGCAAACAGAUGAUAUUGUUCCUAAGACUAUCCCUCCCCCCUCCCCUGAUAAGUCAUUAGACUUUGAUCAUGCUUGCAAAAAAAAAUGUGUAGAUGAAUAAAAUUAGAGAAACAAAAUUUUUUGCAAAAAAAAAAAAAAAAUGUACCUUGAUGUCACUUCUGUUAUUUUUUAUAUUCUGUAUCAGUUCAAGUGACACAUGUAAUUCUUUUUUAUUAAGAUUUUUUUUUCAGCAGGAGCAAAAACAAAUUAAUAAUACACACACACACACACACACACACACACACACACACACACACACACACACACACACACACACACACACACACACACACACACACACACACACACACACACACACACACACUCUGACAUGCACACACACAUAUGCACGCACACUCAAGUGCGCAUGCACACUCAAGUGCGCAUACACACUCAUGUAAGCACGUACACUCAUGUAAGCACGCACACUCAUGUAUGCACACACACAUGUACGCAUGCACACACACACACACACACACACACACACACACACACACACACACACACACACACACACACACACACACACACACACACACACACACACACACACACACACACUUGCGCGCGCGUGAAUAUCAUUAUACUGUUGAAUAUUACGUUGUCAUGUAAAUGCAAAGUAGAUGCUACUGCUGCUCAUGUAGAGAGUUAAGUAUAUGGUUGUUGCUAACUGCUGAAUAUACAUAAAUAUGUGUUUUUCAUAAGGUGUCAUUUGCAAAUUUUUAUUCAAGGUACACAUUAUUCUGAAUUCUGACACCUUGUUCCCUUUAUAUAGUUAUUAUUAUUAUUAUUAUUAUUAUUAUUUUUAUUAUUAUUAUCAUUAUCAUUAUCAUUAUUAUUAUUAUGAUCAUAAUCAUUAUUGUUAUUUUUAUUAUUGUUACCACUAUUAUUAUUAUUAUUAUUAUUAUUAUUAUUAUAUAUUUAUUUAUUUAUUUUUCUGUAAAUGAUAUUACUUCCCGGUAUCAUUAUGGUUACGGAGUUUGCUUGCUCUUGCAGAGGUGAAAGCAGCAAUGAGGAAAUGGUUUGAUAUAUUUUUAGUAAAUGUUGUGAUCAUUGCAUUGCCAUUAUUGGUUAUGGCAUUGAAUGUGUUAGGCCAUUAUUUUGAUUACAUUUCUGUUGAUUUUUUUUUUUUUUAAAUCUUUGUAAAUGUUCUGGUGAUUUCUUAAUCUCCUUUUCUUUUUGCAACUGUCAUUUUCUCUCCUUUUGCUCUCUCUCUCUCUCUCUCUCUCUCUCUCUCUCUCUCUCUCUCUCUCUCUCUCUCUCUCUCUCUCUCUCUCUCUCUCUCU